GGCACAUCGAUUACAAGUGUAACGGUAACUUUCUGUCUUGUUCUUCCUUCCGUCUUCCCCCACUGCUGCUUAAAAAUCAGGCCCAAACCCACAAAAGGAAUUAGCUUUCGAUCCUCUGAAAGAGAGAGCGAAAAACCCGUUGAAAACAAUCGCAAUUACUUCACAGAAAAUCCCCGAGAAGAUCAGAAAUGACCAUGCGCAAAGGAGAAGAGGAAAAAGAAGAGAAGGAGAGCCUUGUUAUGGCCACUACCAAAGUGGUUGAGUACUUGGAGCCAUUGAUAUCAAAAGAGCUUCUCUGCAAGUUUCCCGACAACUUGGUCUUCGAUUUCGACUAUACCCAGAGCUCGAUAUGGUCCCCUUUGGUCACUAAGGCGUACAGCCCCAUGGACUUGGACUUUGAAUUGGGUUUCAUGGCACCAAGAAAGCUUUCAUUCGGGAUGGAGUUGAGUAUGGAUUUGGGCAACAAAAACAAGCUCAAGAAAGUCACUUCCAACAUCAAGAAGAAGAUCAGCACCACUUCCUUCAACAUCAACCACAAUCUUCUGAAGAUUAAGCUCAAGAAGAAAAUAAAGGCGUCCGAGUUCUCUCCAACUCCUAUGAAGAACACAUGUUACCCAGCCGCCAUAAAGGCAUGGACUAUGGUGCUGAAAGCUGCGUCGAAAGGUUUCAAGAAAAAAACGAAAAAAGAUCACACAGCCUAUCACCGAAAGCCCUCCAACUAUCUGAGAGAUCAUGGAGCUACUUCAAGAGGAUGAUUGUAUUUGUAAUUUUAUUCUCAAUUAAUAAGAUUGAUUUUCAUUAAUUUAUAGUUGGUAUUCUUUCAGCAGGCAUCCUCUUCGUCCAAUUUUUUCUAUAUUGUUUUUUCUUUUAUUUUUUGGGUGUAAUAACAGGCUAUUGAUGCAGAUU